AUGGAUCGUUACCUCCCACUUCUCGAAAAGCGAAAAAAAAAGCAUGGAUCGAAAAAGAAGCCUUUAAAGGCAGGGCCUGAAGUUUCGAGACUGGGAGUACCUUACGAUUAUAUUGUUAUAAUAGAUGCCGGAUCAAAAGGAUCAAGGGUGCACGUAUACAGCUGGCUAAAUCCUGGUAUCGCAUUGGAUAAAAAGGUGGACUUUACCCAAGCAAAACAAUUGAUGAGAAGGAAAGAUGAGUCCGAUGAAGGAGAAGAAUCAGACACAGAUGAAGAUAGUGAUGAAGAUGACGAAGACGACGAAUCCAAAAAGAAGCUAUUAUAUCCCAAAAUCAAAACAAAGUCAAGGUGGCACAAGAAAAUCACUCCGGGAAUAUCCACUUUCAACAAAGCUCCCCACAAAAUCGGCAAACAUCACUUGUCUAAAUUGUUAUCACGAGCUAGUAAAAUUGUCCCCAAAAGCCAGCACUAUCGCACUCCCAUUUUCUUACAUGCCACUGCUGGGAUGAGAUUACUACUGCCUACUGAGCAACAACAAAUUUUGAAUGAAAUAUGUUUGUUUUUCGAAAAUAAAUCAGAUUUCUUCAUUCCUGAUUGUGCAUCACAUGUCAAUGUGAUUGAUGGUGAUUAUGAAGGAUUGUAUGGAUGGUUGUCUAUAAAUACUUUGAUUGGCGCUUUUGAUGAUCCUUCAUCUCAUAAGCAUGGGAAGAACCACACGACAUAUGGACUACUAGAUAUGGGAGGAGCUUCAACUCAAGUUGUGUUUCAACCCAAUACCACCGAAAUUGAUGAACACCAGAACAACUUGUACCACAUGGAUUUACGUCAAGUGCCCACAGUUGAUGAAAAAACCGAGGAAUAUAAAGUCCCUCUAGAAAUAGAGUAUAAUGUUUAUUCAGAUUCGUUCUUGGGUUUUGGCAUGUAUCAAGCAAGAAGUAAGUACAUGAAGUCGCUUAUUGCUUCCGAUGAGAAGGAAGACGAGUAUCAUUAUUGGGGGUUGAGCAAAUCUCCCAUUAACGAUCCAUGUAUACCAAAAGGGUUCACUACAUCUGAUUACGUAAAUGAUCGUUCGUAUGAUUUUAUUGGAGAGUCAGAUUUUGAAAAGUGUUUGACACGAAUCUUUCCCGUGUUACAAAAUUCAACCCAUGGAGGAGGAGGACCAAAGACAAAUUGUAAACAAUUCAGUGAAGGAGACGAAGUAAGUACUUGUUUGUUGAAUGAAUUGAUACCGUCAUUUGAUUUUGAUGUUAAUCAUUUCAUAGGAGUGAGCGGAUACUGGGACGCCAUUGAAGAUUUGUUAUCUCAACAACAAGACGAUGAUGAGAAACUGAAACGAGACAAGUUGAGAGAUCAAAAGAAUACCUAUGAUUACAAAAAAAUCUUCAACAAGACGCAGAAAAUGUGCUCGCAAUCAUGGUCGAGCAUCUUAGAGCUAAACUCCCAAAAGGAAUAUAAAGAUCAAUUGAGUGAAGAAGAGUUGUCAACGUUGUGUUUUAAAUCUUCAUGGAUCUUGAAUUUUUUGCAUUUGGGUCUUGGAUUCCCUAGAUUUGGUAUUGAUAAUGUCACCAAUAGCAAUAAAGGAUUUGAAACAUUGCAAUUGGUUGAACAAUUGGGUGGAUCAUCAUUUUCUUGGGCAUUGGGAAGAGCAGUACUUUAUGCUAAUGAUGAAUAUAUUCAAGCUUAUAACAAUUACACCAAUCGGAUUGCAAGUGAUGAAAAAAAGGGGCCUCUUCAGCUCAAACGACCAGGAUUUUAUCAUAGUUCGUCUCCGAAUAUAUUUCAAUUUGGUGCUGAACAAAAUGGUAUAGUUGCAAGACCCAAUUACAUGAAAAUGAGUGCCAAUAACUUACACUAUUUUGAUUAUGAAACUAAAGAGGAAACAGAUCAUGAAUCACCAUGGAACAUUGAGCCUCAUCGAUGGUACGGUUUCAUUAUAUUUGCCGUGUUGUUAAGUUUUGUUAUAUGGCUAAUGUUGGGAGGCAGAAACCGGGCAUUGUUUGUGACGAAAGUUACCAGUGGGUUCAGGAAAUUGGUCAAGAUGACUCCCGGAUAUAAUGGGGCUAAAUAUACUAGUGUUCCUAGCGGCAACUAUGAGGGCGGAAGUGAUAUGGAGUUGGGAUUGGAAUUGAAUGAAUUGGGUAAGGAUAUUGAAGAUCAAUUUGAAAUUGGCGAUGACGAUGAAGCAGAAGACGAUGAAGAAGUAGGUGAAGGAAAUAGGCUGUAA